AUGUCCAAUGGCGGCUCAGCCGGGAAAUCGUCAACUUCAUUCCACUUCGCAGCUGGUCUGGGGUCUGGCAUCCUCUCCGCAGUCCUCCUCCAACCAGCCGACCUCCUCAAAACCCGCGUCCAGCAAUCCGGACACACCUCCCUCCUAGCCACCAUCCGCGAGAUCUCAACAUCCCCGAACUCGAUCCGCUCCUUCUGGCGAGGAACGCUUCCCUCUGCUUUACGCACAGGCUUCGGAUCCGCCAUCUACUUCACAAGCCUAAACUCCCUGCGGCAGAAUGUUGCGCGGUCGAAUUUGUUACGGAGCAUAGGAGCAACAGACCAGAAUGUACUCCCGAGCCACUCCUCUGCUCUGCCAAAGCUGUCGAACAUCGCGAACCUUACCACCGGAGCUGUUGCCAGAGCGGGAGCGGGCUUCAUCCUGAUGCCCAUGACUGUCAUCAAAGUCCGGUACGAGUCGAGCUACUACGCCUACAAGUCAAUCGCCGAGGCUAGCAGAGACAUUUUCAAGACGGAGGGCUUGAAAGGGUUCUUCGUGGGCUUGGGGGCAACGGCCAUCAGAGACGCCCCGUACGCUGGCCUCUACAUCCUCUUCUACGAGCAGUCCAAAAAGCAGCUCAGUCUCCUCCUCCACAAAGUGCCGAUAGCAGGCGAGCUCGCACAGGGCAUGAGCGGAUCAACCUCCGCGUCUAUCAACUUCGGGUCGGGCAUAGUGGCUGCGGGGCUUGCAACUGCCCUAACGAACCCCUUCGAUGCGAUCAAGACGCGGAUACAGCUGCAGCCGAGGCAAUACCACAAUAUAGUUCAUGCCGGGCGGAAGAUGAUCCUGCAAGAUGGCUUCAAGAGUCUAUUUGAUGGCUUGGGCCUCAGGAUGGGCCGGAAAGCUGUGAGCUCUGCCCUGGCCUGGACGCUUUAUGAGGAGCUUAUAAGGAGAGCUGAGAUGGCGUUCACGCGUACUGAGACUAGGGCGCUGUAG